UUGAGUGGCGGGCCGUAGCAGCGAAUGGGAGAUCCGAUACUGAGUGACGUGCCGGGAAAAGGGGGAGCUCGCGGCUGGUGGCGGCGGUGGCGACAGUGGCGACCUGGGGACAGACCUGGAGGGGCCUGGGGAACGUGCAGAGACCUCUAGAUCCAGCGCGAGGGACCUCCCGCCGGGAUGCCAGGGGAGCAGAUGGACCCUACUGGAAGUCAGUUGGAUUCAGAUUUCUCUCAGCAAGAUACUCCUUGCCUGAUAAUUGAAGAUUCUCAGCCUGAGAGCCAGGUGCUGGAAGACAAUGCGGACUCUCACUUUAGUAUGCUGUCUCGACACCUCCCCAAUCUGCAAAUACACAAAGAGAACCCCGUCUUGGAUAUUGUGUCGAAUCCAGAAGAGCCAGCUGCCGAAGAGCAGGGAGACAGUCAUAGCUCAUUCAAUGAACAUCUGAAAGAAAACACAGCUUCAGACCCUGUGGAUUCUUCUCACUUGGGCACAUGCGGUUCCAUCAGUCAGGUCAUAGAACAGUUGCCUCAGCCAGAGAGGACAAGCAGUGUUCUGGGAGUGACGGUAGAAGCUGCUUCUCUUCUGGAGGAGAAGGAGGAAGAGUUGGAAGAGGAGAAGGAAGAGGUGGGAGCAAGCGCUCCUGAUGCUGCUGCGUGCUCCCUUGGUGCUGAAGAUUCUGCUUCAUCACAGUUGGGCUUUGGGGUUCUGGAACUCUCCCAGAGCCAAGAUGUUGAAGAACAUACAGUGCCCUAUGAUGUCAACCAAGAACAUAUGCAGUUGGUUACCACUAACUUGGGCUCUACCGAGCUGUCUGAUGUGGAUGCAAAUACUGCAGUUCAGUGUGAAGAACAGUCCACUGACGGUACCUCCAUGGUAGAACUCAGCAAAGACAUCCCUGUUACAGUACAGCCUGAUAAAGGUAUCCAUGUGGUAGAUGAGCAAAAUCUACCACCUGCAAGGUCGGAAGAUCUGCCUUCCAGUCCUCAAGCUCCUGUUGCAGCUGUAGAAACAAAGGAGCUGGUGCCUGCCCACGAGCUGCUAGGAGGGGAGCUGCAGGUCCAGACCUCCUCGGAGCCCGAGGUCUCGUCAACUCAGGAAGACUUGUUUGAGCAGAGUAAAGCAGCUUCUGAUGGUUGUUCUACUCCUUCAAGGGAGGAAGGUGGGUGUUCUCCGGUUUCUACACCCGCCACCACCCUGCAGCUCCUGCAGCUGUCUGGUCAGAGGCCCCUUGUUCAGGACAGUCUUUCCACGAAUUCCUCAGAUCUUGUUGCUCCUUCCCCUGAUGCUUUCCGACCUACCCCUUUUAUCGUUCCUAGCAGUCCCACAGAGCAAGGAGGGAGAAAAGAUGAGCCCAUGGAUAUAUCAGUGAUGCCUGAAGAAGGAGGGGAGACUUUGCAGAAGCUUCAGGAUGAGGAAGCAUUGGAAAUAGAAAAGCCGCUCCUCCCAUGUCAGCCUGCUGCGUCACCCCGCGUGUCAACCCCAGUGUCUCAGAGCACGCCCGUCUGCACUCCGGGCUCGCUGCCCAUCCCUUCGCAGCCGGAGUUCUCUCAUGACAUUUUCAUUCCCUCACCAAGUCUGGAAGAGCGGUCGAGCGAUGAGAAGAAGGACGGCAAUCUGCACAGCUCAUCUUUGACUGUCGAGUGUUCCAAGACUUCAGAGAGUGAACCAAAGAAUUUCACUGCCGACCUUGGGCUCUCUCUGACAGGGGACUCUUGCAAACUGAUACUUUCUACAAGUGAGUAUAGCCAGUCCUCAAGGAUGGAGGGCUUGGGCUCUCCCAGGAUCGAGGGAGAUGGAGAGAACACACAGAUUGACGAUACCGAGCCACUGUCUCCAGUUACCAAUUCUAAACCUCCUGCCGAAGGUGAUAAUAUCCUGAUGAAUCCAGCACAAGAUGACCAGCUAGAACUGAGUCAGAAUGAUGGCCAAACAGAAGCGGGUGACGCAGAGAACAAAGGUGACGCUGAUGUUUUAGCUGCUGGUAGGAAAGGCGGAGAAGAGACUGCCACUGAAGAUGUUUGCAUUGAUCUCACUUGUGAUUCCGGGAGCCAGGCUGUUCCAUCUCCUGCUACUCGGUCCGAGGCUCUUUCUAGCGUCUUAGAUCAGGAGGAAGCUGUGGAAAUUAAAGAACAGCAUCCAGAGGAGGGGUUUUCAGGAUCUGAUGUAGAAGAAGUCCCUGAGACUCCCUGUGGAAGUCACAGAGAGGAGCCCAAGGAAGAAACGAUGGAGAGUAUCCCGCUGCACCUGUCUCUGACUGAAACUCAGUCCCAGCCAUUGUGUCUUCAGAAGGAACCCCCCAAAGAAGAAUGCCCAGAAGCUAUGGAAGUUGAAACCAGUAUGAUUAGUGUUGACUCCCCCCAGAAGCUGCCAGCAGAGCUCGACCAGGAGUUAGAGCAUAAGGAGCCAGAAACCUGGGAGGAAGCCACGUCCGAGGGCUCCAGUGUUGUUAUUGUUGACGUGAAGGAGCCCUCACCAAGAGCUGAUGUUCCCAGUGAACCGUUGGAGGGAGUGGAGAAAUGCUCAGACUCCCAGUCCUGGGAGGAUGUGGCUCCAGAGGUGCAGCCGUGCGUCGAGAAUAGAGUGAACACGCUGGAGGAAAAGGAUGCCAAGUGUGAUGGAGAUGUGAAAGCAGAGAGCACAGCAAAGGACGCUGUCGAGGAAGACUCUCCGCAGCCUCCCAGACCCGACCAGGAGAUGCCCCAGCUUCAAGAGAAAGACAGCUCAGUGACUGUAGAUGCCAGAGUGGCCGAAGCCAAGCAGAUGGGGGCAGAGGGAAUGUCCCAGCAGCUUGCGAAGGCCCCAGCCUGCGCCUCACAGAGUUUCUGUGAAAGUUCUAGCGAAACCCCAUUUCAUUUCACUUUGCCUAAAGAAGGUGAUAUUAUCCCACCCUUGACUGGCACAACCCCACCUCAUAUUGGGCACCUAAAAUUGGAUCGCAACAGACAUAGUACUCCUAUUGGGAUUUGCAGCUAUCCAGAAAGCACCAUAGCAACCAGUGAUGUCAUGUCUGAAAGCACGAUGGAGAUCAAUGAUCCUCUACUUGGGAGUGAAAAAGGAGAUUCCGAGUCUGCCCCAGAAAUGGACGGAAAACUGUACCUGAAAAUGAAACUGGUCAGUCCCGAGACAGAGGCCAGCGAAGAAUCCUUGCAGUUUAGCCUGGAAAAGCCUGCUACUGCUGAGAGAAAAAAUGGAUCUACUGCUGUUGCUGAGCCUGUUGCCAGUCCCCAGAAGACCAUGCCUGUGUUUAGCUGUAUCUGUGACGCUGGGCAAGAGAGUGAGGCCCUGAGUGAAGAUCCUCCCUCUGCACCCAUCAGGGCAAAUGAAAUGCUCCAUUUUCCAAGUGUUCAAGAAGAGGACAAAGAAAAACUGGAUGGUGCCUCUAAGCUCAGGCAGAGUGAGCAGUCUGUAAGGCCCACUGGGCCAGUCCAGGAUGCUGCUGCUUCGGAGGACUCUGCAUCGCCUGUUUCCCAGCAGAGAGCCACCCAGGGGUCAUUCAGCCCUCAGGGAGAAGUUAUGGAAACAGACCUGCUAGGAGGACUGAGUGCUCACCAGGAAACACCGUGUAAGGUCUUGUUGGAAAGGCCUGCCCAGAGUAACGUAGGAAUCCAGACCAUGGACCAUUCCCUGAGUGCCCCAGAAACUGUUUCAGCAGCAACCCAGACUGUGAAGAGCGUAUGUGAGCAGGGCACCAGUACCGUGGACCAGAACUCUGGGAAACAAGAUGCCACUGUGCAGACCGAGCGGGGCAGUGGUGAGAAGCAGAGCAGCGCUCCUGUGGACGACACCGAGUCCCUCCACAGCCAGGGAGAAGAAGAAUUUGAAAUGCCCCAGCCUCCACAUGGCCAUGUCUUACAUCGUCACAUGAGGACGAUCCGUGAAGUCCGCACGCUUGUCACCCGUGUCAUCACAGAUGUUUACUACGUGGACGGGACAGAAGUGGAAAGGAAAGUCACCGAGGAGACUGAAGAACCAAUUGUGGAAUGUCAGGAGUGUGAGACAGAAGUUUCCCCUUCCCAGACGGGAGGGUCCUCUGGGGACUUGGGGGACAUCAGCUCCUUUUCCUCCAAGGCCUCCAGCUCACACCACACAUCAAGCGGGACAAGUCUCUCAGCCAUGCACAGCAGUGGCAGCUCAGGGCGAGGAGCCGGGCCGCUCAAAGGGAAGAACAGCGGAACAGAAGCUGCCGAUUUUGCCUUACCCAGUUCCCGAGGAGGGCCAGGAAAACUGAGUCCUAGAAAAGGGAUCAGUCAGACAGGGGCACCAGUGUGUGAGGAAGAUGGUGAUGCAGGCCUUGGCAUCAGACAGGGAGGGAAGGCUCCAGUCACGCCUCGUGGGCGUGGUCGAAGGGGCCGCCCACCUUCUCGGACCACUGGAACCAGAGAAACAGUUGUGUCUGGUCCUUUGGGCAUAGAAGACAUUUCACCUAACAUGUCACCAGAUGACAAGUCCUUCACCCGAAUUAUGCCCCGUGUGCCAGAUUCUGCCAAACGAAUGGAUGCAGGUUCUGGUGCUUUGCGCCGGAGUGAUUCUCCAGAGAUUCCUUUUCAGGCUGCUACUGCUUCUUCUGAUGGCUUGGAUGCCUCAUCUCCAGGAAACAGCUUUGUAGGGCUCCGCGUUGUGGCCAAGUGGUCAUCCAAUGGCUACUUUUACUCUGGGAAAAUCACACGAGAUGUUGGAGCUGGGAAGUACAAGCUGCUCUUUGAUGAUGGGUAUGAGUGUGAUGUGUUGGGGAAAGACAUUCUCCUGUGUGACCCCAUACCCCUGGACACUGAAGUGACAGCCCUCUCAGAAGAUGAGUAUUUCAGUGCAGGAGUGGUCAAAGGACACAGGAAGGAGUCUGGGGAGCUGUACUACAGCAUUGAAAAAGAAGGCCAAAGGAAGUGGUAUAAGCGAAUGGCAGUCAUCCUGUCCUUGGAGCAAGGAAACAGACUAAGAGAGCAAUAUGGGCUUGGCCCAUAUGAAGCCGUCACACCCCUCACGAAAGCAGCAGAUAUCAGCUUAGACAAUUUGGUGGAAGGAAAGCGGAAACGGCGCAGUAACAUCAGCUCUCCAGCCACCCCCACUGCCUCCAGCAGCAGCAGCACCACAACGCCCACCCGUAAAACCACAGAGAGUCCCCGUGCUUCCACGGGAGCUCAGUCAGGCAAAAGGAAACUCAUCACUUCUGAAGAGGAACGGUCCCCUGCUAAGCGAGGUCGCAAGUCUGCCACUGUGAAACCUGGUACAGUGGGGGCAGGAGAAUUUGUGAGCCCCUGUGAGAGUGCAGACAACACAGGUGAACCUUCUGUCCUGGAAGAGCCAAGAGGGCCCCUGCCCCUCAACAAGACCUUGUUUCUGGGCUAUGCCUUUCUCCUCACCAUGGCCACAACUAGUGACAAGCUGACCAGCCGCUCUAAACUACUAGAUGGGCCUACAGGAAGCAGCGAGGAAGAGGAGGAAUUUUUAGAAAUUCCUCCUUUCAACAAGCAGUAUACAGAAUGUCAGCUUCGAGCAGGAGCUGGGUAUAUCCUUGAAGACUUCAAUGAAGCCCAGUGUAACACAGCCUACCAGUGUCUCCUAAUUGCGGAUCAGCAUUGUCGAACCCGGAAGUACUUCCUGUGCCUUGCCAGUGGAAUUCCUUGUGUGUCUCAUGUCUGGGUCCAUGACAGUUGCCAUGCCAACCAGCUCCAAAACUACCGUAAUUACCUGCUGCCUGCUGGGUAUAGCCUUGAGGAGCAGAGAAUUCUGGAUUGGCAACCCCGCGAAAACCCUUUCCAGAAUCUGAAGGUACUCUUGGUGUCAGAUCAACAACAGAAUUUCCUGGAGCUCUGGUCUGAGAUCCUCAUGACUGGAGGGGCAGCCUCCGUGAAGCAGCACCAUUCAAGUGCCCAUAACAAAGACAUUGCUUUAGGGGUAUUUGAUGUGGUGGUGACAGACCCCUCAUGCCCAGCCUCGGUGCUCAAGUGUGCUGAAGCCUUGCAGCUGCCUGUGGUGUCACAAGAGUGGGUGAUCCAGUGCCUCAUUGUUGGGGAGAGAAUUGGAUUCAAACAGCAUCCAAAAUAUAAACAUGAUUAUGUUUCUCACUGAAGGUACUUGGUCUUACUGGUUUUAUCCCUGCUAUUGUGGAGAUUGUGUUUUAAUCAGGUUUUAAGUGUGUCUUGUGUGGAAUUGUAUUCUUUGCAUGAAUCUUGUACAUAGUUUUAUUUGCUGAACUUUUAUGAUAAAAUAAAUGUUGACUCUCUUUGGUUGUAGUAACUUGAGAUUCAUCUGUUUCUUUGAGCUUAAUCUCAGAACAUGGUACUAUAGGAUCUUCUCUUAAGUUUCCCAGCAGGCUUCAUCAUCACUUUAGCAGUACAGCAAACAAAGGAAGAUAAAAAUGUAGGAAUGAAAUUUAUCCUGUGGCACUACUGUCAAAGUCACAAGGUUAUCCCAGGCUAUGUAAAAUGUUAUGCUUAGAGUACAGGAGGGCCUAGAUAAACAGUAGUGCCAAAGUUGAAUGGGGUUGAGGACACUCUGGGUAUCAAGACCUGAGCUUAUUAACAACUGCUCUGUGGUACUCAGAGCUGAAAGGGAAGAUGACCAACUGGUAUGAAUGGACAGUGACUAUGAACUUGACGGACAGUUUUCUGUAAAGCAAGCGCUAACUGUCACAACUGCUGGAAGCCAUUCCUUCCUGUCACUCAACAUUGUCCCUGUCACUCUCUAAAUCAAGGCUACUUACUAGUCUUUAUGUUCUCUAUAAAGAGCCAAACAGUAAAUACUUUAGGCUUUACAGUCAUUUCGUCUGUCACAAUUUCUUGUCUUUUGCUGUGAGAUGAAAUCAAUCAUAGACAUUAGGUAAAUGAGUAUGUGUGAUUGUUUAAAUAAUACUUUAUUUAUGAAAACAAGCAGUAGGCCAUUGUCUGCCAUGCUUUGCUUCUAGAGGUAACAAUGGAAGGGAUCCUCUGUAGUUGACAAGUACAGGCUUUCACAGUGGGUGGUAAAGAAGAGAACAUUCAGGGACUACAAAUAGGCCCGAAGACUGCACUCUUGUCCAUUGUGGAGGGCAGGUAUGUUAAUGGAGUAUUUCCUUUGUUUAUGCUGAUAGGAACAUUAGUGACUUCACUAUCUGAGCAUAGGGAGAAGUUUGCAAUUUUCACUGUCUAACAUCUGAAUAAUUUGACUGCUGUCACCUUUAGGUAGAACUACCCCUUUUACCAGUCUGAAAGAAUUAGAGAACCUACUGGCUGAAUUGUUCAGGUCAGGUUUUGAAUAUCCUUAAAGGAGGGAGGCUCUUAAAUUUCUGAAAACUGAAGACAAUGUGUGUAGUUAUAAAUUAUGUGGUAGAGAGGAGGGAAAGUCCACAGCCUGCCUUAAGUCUUUUCUAAGUUGGUGGUAACAUCUAGAUGCUGACCUUUACAAAAGAAUAAUUUCUUUUUUACAUGUGAACCAAUCCUAAACAUAUUUUAUUGGUUCCCAUUGUUCUCUGUGGUAUCUUUCAUACCUUGAAGAGUCCAUAGGUACAUAGUAAAUGCUCAAUACACCGCUGCUGCACAAAUGAACCCACCCAACAGAUGUCUUAGUGUAAAGGAACAAAGCUGGCCCCAGUUCCCCUACAGGAAUGGUAGGGAGGACUUACACCUCUGGACUGCUUCUAGAAGAAAAGGUAGCAUCCUUUCACCAGUCUGCAGGCAUCUUGUGAUGCCUGGGGAGGCUUAUUACAGACAUCAGAGCGUGGUAGGGCUGAUGGUUACUUCAUUUUAAGAACCAGUUUUCACAUCCCAAAACUAUAAAAAGGAAAAAAAGUUUCAUUAAAUGCUAUGCUUUCCCAAGCAUGGUCAUCUGAGAUACAGCUGAUGUUACCUUGAUAUUCCAAAAGAUGUCUGGCUUCUGAUAAAAUUAGAAAGAAUGACACCGCUGAGGAGCCAGCUACCACUGGAUCUCAUUAUUAGAUUUAAAGAAGUUUAGAAGAGGCAGUGGCCAGUGAAGCAUGGUGCCACAGCUGCACUGCUAGUACAUGUCAGAGCAGAUUGUGCAAACCACACUGCCCCUUAGAACGUACAUAAUCUAACACAGAACUCACCCUCAGCUGUAGUAUUUCACCAUGCUGAUUUUUACAUAAUCUCCAGAAAAAUUAUGAAAUAACUCCCCUCCCCCCACUUCCUGUAUCUCUGAGCCUUACUUAUAAAAUAAGGGCGUUUGUAGAUGAAGGUUAAAGUUCCAUUUUGGACUUUUACAACUCAUUAACUUCCUCCCCCAAAUCUAAUGAGUUCCCCAAGGAUUAUUCUUACCUGCCCAGAGUCCCACCAGCCUGGGUAUAAUACUUGUUAUAAUCUAGCCGGAGCAGUAACUGAGCCAAAUCUGAAUUGAUCUGGUGAUUCCGAACACUGGAAAGAAUCUUGAAGAGGAGUGAAGACUGGCGACUAAAGCCCUGUUGAGAGACCCAAGCUGUCACUACCCAUGCAGAGUGCUGGCGCCUGGGGUCCUCUCAGGACCACAUUCCCAUUUCUGUCAGCUCCCAAAACGACUCUGACUUCUUAAUGCCAUGUCCGUGAAAUGCAUGACUUCCAUGAAAGUACUUUCUCAUUAGUAAGAAUUUGAAGCUCAUUUCAGAUUAAUAUAUUCUAUCACAUACUGGGAUUGCACUGAGCUUGCUUUGUUACAGGAGAUAAAUAUAGUCUCAGAUUAUAAUUACAAGUGAGCUGGGAGGCUGGUUCAGGGAAGGAAGUGGGAUGUGAGAAAAUGAGCACAAAGCCAAUGCAUACUUGGUGGGCUGAAACUGUUCAGAGCUGAACUAUUUCUGAACACUGAGGCAGUACAUUAAUCAUCUUCAAUAUCCACUGAUAGCAAAGCUUUUAUCUUUUUAUCUUGUCAUUUCUUUGUCUGUUCUGGGAUAGGUUUUAUUGGGCCAGAGCAAAGGCUGUUUGCUCAGCGGGGUUGGGGUAGGAGCAUGUAGCCAGUGGCCAGGCAGACUCACCUUCACAAGAAUGCUCAGCUGGGCAGCCCCCCGUUCAUCCAGUGGACCCAGGUUCUGACUGACCAGUGAACAAAAACUGUGACAGAGAUCUAGGAUUUCAUUCAGGCAGUGAAACACCUACCCAAAAAUAUAGUUGGUGUUAGGAAAUGAAGGAAGAAACUUCUGAAAAUGUAAGGUUUGGGAAAAUAGUCUAACAGCUGACCUCCCCUGUCUGAACUCCAGACACUACCCACCCUCAAGGUUGUCUGGCCCUCCCAAACAACAUGCAAAUGAACAUCCCUUCCUGGGACAGCUACAUUCUUUGUCCCCCUGCACAAAGCCUCCACUCUACUCGCCAUUAGCUCACCAUCCUUUAUCAGACACACUGCGUGUGCUCUUGCCUUUGAGCUAUGAGCACUGUUCCCUGGGAUUUCUUUUCUCUUUAGUACCAGUCAAGUCCCAUUCUGUGAAAUGGUCCUUCCCCACUGUAGCCUUUAGUGAACUCCGCCUUUCUCUGUUGUAGUAUCUGUGUUGUUUACUGGCAAUUGUCCAGGUCACGUGUGCUGUUGCUGACUUUUGUAUGUACAUCUUGUUUUUCCAACUAGAUUGUGAGCUCCUUAAGGGCAGAGCCAUGACUUAUACCUCUUUGUAUCCCCAGUGCCUUGCAUACAGUAAGCACUCAAUAAAGACUUCAUUAUGAUGACCUGU